GCUAUCGGGGGAGAAUUAAUUUUUCGAGAGAUGGUGGAGUUCGAUCAUAAACCGCUCGAGCAUGACGCGGGGUUCGACGGGCCCCUGAGGAGACGCUCGUGCACGGACGUCCCUUGUCUUGUGAUAUUUCUAGUGUUCGUUGUGUGCUGGAUCGGUCUUGGAAUCUAUGCUUUGUCCUCCGGAAAUGUAAAAACUCUGCUGGCCCCAACGGACAGCGAAGGUCGAAGAUGCGGAUUGGAUUCAGAAGUAUCGAAUAAGCCGUACCUCUUCUUCUUCGAUCUAACGAAAUGCGAUAUCGAUAGAAAGCGAUGUGACACGCCCCAAGUGUGUCUGGAGAAAUGUCCGGACAGGAACUGGCGCUUCAACCGGUCCGACGCCCUGGACUAUACCAGGGAGAGGAUCAUUUGCAGGCCGGGGGUGGACGUUACCAAUAAAAAUACCAAUGAGAUUGAGAAUUUGAUUAAUGUCACAGCCUGCGCCCCCAUGUAUUUCAAGGGGAAAUCCAUCGUGCACAGGUGUUUUCCCCUGGACCUUGGCACCGACUUCAUCGAUGACGUUCUCCUGGUGAAGCUGAAGAAGUCCGAGGCCAUUAUCAAGUCCCUGGCAUAUGUUCAGGGGGUUUUCGAUAAAGUGAAAUCGUCUUAUGGAGCAGUCCUCGGGAUUAUCUGCGGUGGAGCCGUGAUGUGCAUCGUCUACAUGCUCUUGUUAAGAUGGAUCGCGCUGCCUGUCGUCUGCGUUACGAUAUUCGCAGUUUGCGCACUGCUGGUCCUCCUAGCCUGUCUGAGUUAUCAAGCAUACGCUCAAACUUCAUCAGCCCUCUGGUUGCUAGCUAUGAUUCUCAUUAUCUGCAUUGUCGGUAUUAUUGUCCUGGUGACACUAUGCAGUUGGCAGAGAAUUUAUCUAGCUUGCCAGCUGAUCAAGGAAGCCAGCAAGGCUAUAAUGUCUGUCCUCAGCAGCAUCUUCUUCCCAAUCCUCCCCUGGCUCUUCCACAUUGCCCUCCUCGUCUACUUCUUCCACAUAAUUUUCCUGUUGAUGUCUAUUAAAAAAACGACAUUCGCCGUUGAACAAUCCCCCAACGGCUUUCCUGACAGCUGCCAGUGCUCUGGAAACGUCAACUACACCCUCGGGGGUGCCUGCGACCCGAAAACAUUCGACUCCCAGUGCAAAGAGAACGGGGAGAUUUGUAUCUCCCGGGUAUGCCGUCUCCAGAGUGUCACCACCCCUGCCGGCAUAAUUUGGGCAUAUUUCAUACAUAUUAUCGGGGGUCUCUGGCUCGGUCUCUUCAUAUCAGCGGUCGGGGACAUGACGCUUGCAGCCACUUUCGCAACUUGGUAUUGGACACUUAAUAAAAGUGAUGUCACGUUUUUCACGGUUACUUUGGGCUUUUGGAGAACGGUGAGGUACCACCUGGGGACAGUGGCCUUCGGCUCCUUCCUCAUAACAAUCUGUCGUUUCUUCCGCCUCGUCAUGGAGUACCUCGAAUCCAUGUCGGAGAGCCAGUCGACAGGUGGCUGUGCCGCAUGCAUUCGCUGCUUCAUUCCCUGUCUCCUGGCUCUUCUCGAGCGAUUCGUCAAGUUCAUGACCGGAAAUGCCUACAUCAUCUGCGCGAUCUACGGAAAGGGGCUCUGCGACUCCGCCGGGGAAGCCCUCAGCCUCAUCAUGAGGAACAUUCUCCGGACCUCGAUUCUGAAUAAAAUAGUCAGUUGGGUGCUCCUCGGCGGGAAAGUCCUGGUCACAUGCAUGAUGGUGGCGAUCGCCUGGUGCCACUACAGGAAUCAGGACGAUCAGUUCUGGUGGGCGCCGACACUUCUGGUGGGGUUGGGCACUUUCCUAGUCGCCUCGGUCUUCUUCAGUGUCCAUUCUAUGGCUGUCGACACCAUCUUCUUGUGCUUCCUUGAGGACUCGGAGAAGAACGAUGGGUCGGAGGAGAAACCCUAUUUUAUGACUCGGCCAUUGGCUAAAUUACUUAAUAAAAAAUGAAGGGCAAAUCAAACUGCCUUGACUCAAUAUUCUCGACGAAUUGUCCUUGAAGAACGAAAAAUCUUUGAAAUCCCUCUGAAGUUAGCUCUCUCCUUCAUUAUUACUCAUUCCUUUGUCCCAUUUUGACAAGUCCACAUGUGUUAAUUUAUGUUUUCCCGUGUCAAUUAAAUGUGAAUAUGAAUC